ACUAUGAAAUGGAUUUGGAUAAGUCAGAUUUGAUAGCAAUUAAUUUUUGAUCAUUUCAGUGGUUUCUAAGUUGGAUUUCAGAAUUUGCUCAAAUGUUUCUUGCUUACUCAUUUUGUGUUUAAAUUAAAAAAUCACUUAAAAUACAGUUGUCAAGUUGAAAUACUAAAAACCUGAAGACUAAAUCCAGUCAAAAUGGCCAGUGUAUCCUAUCAAAUAGCACAUCUUCUUGAGAAGAUGACAUCUAAUGACAAAGACUUUAGGUUUAUGGCCACUAACGAUUUGAUGACCGAACUACAAAAAGAUAGUAUAAAACUUGAUGAUGACUCGGAGAGAAAAGUUGUCAAAAUGCUUUUACGUUUAUUAGAGGACAAAAAUGGCGAAGUCCAAAAUUUAGCUGUGAAAUGUCUUGGCCCUCUCGUGAAUAAGGUGAAGGAGUUCCAGGUUGAAGGCAUUGUUGAGACCCUUUGUGCGAACAUGCUCUCUGAUACUGAACAAUUAAGAGAUAUAAGUAGUAUUGGUUUGAAAACUGUGAUAUCGGAACUUCCACUCGGCUCAAAUACAUUAGCGGCCAAUGUAUGUAAGAAAAUAACUGGGAAACUCAGUAGUGCUAUUGAAAAGCAGGAAGAUGUAUCUGUUCAAUUGGAAGCACUUGAUAUUUUGGCAGACUUACUAAGUAGGUUUGGAGGACUGCUGAUAUCAUUUCAUCCAUUGUUAUUGAAUUCCUUAUUGCCCCAACUUUCUUCUCCCCGUCAGGCUGUUCGUAAACGCACAAUAGUGGCACUGUCACAUCUGGUGAUGUCUUGCAAUGCGUCAUUGUACAGUAAACUUAUUGAUCAUCUGCUGGAGGGACUGAGUUCAUCCACAUCUGCAAGUGUCAGCCGUACACAUAUCCAGUGUAUUGCUUCUGUGUGCCGACAAGCUGGUCAUAGAUUUGGAGAGCAACUGUGGCGUGUUGCACCACAAGUGUUAGAACAUUCUACCGAUGCAGAUGAAGAGUUACGUGAGCACUGCCUGCAGGCACUUGAAGCUUUUGUGCUUAAAUGCCCUAAGGAAGUGCAACCACAUAUUCCAACAAUUAUAGAAUUAUGCUUGAAGAUGAUAACAUAUGAUCCCAAUUACAACUAUGAAGAUGAGGAAGAAGGUGGAGGUGGUGAAGAUGAAGAAAUGGAGGAUGAAUCAGUAGAGCCAGAUGCAGAAGCUGAAUCUGACUCCGAAGAAUACUCUGAUGAUGAUGAUAUGUCUUGGAAAGUGCGACGUGCUGCAGCAAAAUGCCUUGAAUCAGUGAUAGCAACUCGACAUGAGCUGUUAGCUGAAAUGUAUCAGACUGUAUCACCUGCAUUGAUUGCAAGAUUUAAAGAACGUGAAGAAAAUGUGAAAUGUGACAUACUAAGUGCAUACACAGCUCUAUUGAGAGCGACCCGACCUCCACCUGCGCUGCAAAUACCUAUCGUACCCUCUGAUGACUCUCCACAAGCUUUGCUUCUUCAGAGGGUGUCCGGUGUGGUGCGUGGUGCGCUGCGUGUGAUCCGCGGGCGCAGCGCACGUGCGCGGGGCUGUGCGCUGGCGCUGCUGCGCGAGCUGCUGGCCGCCGCGCCCGGCUGUCUCGCCGACCACGCCGCACGCGUUAUACGUGCCCUCACACCUGCACUCACUGACAAGGGCACCGCGUCUUCGAUGAAGAUAGAGACGUUGGUGUUCAUAGUGUGUCUGGUGCGAGGACACGCGCCGGACACGAUGAGGCCGCACGUGAGCGCGCUGCUGCCCGCUGUGUUAGCCAGCGUUCAAGACCCUUUCUACAAAGUCACCGCAGAAGCGCUCAGGGUGCUGCAGACAAUGGUCAAAGUCAUGCGCCCAUUAGACAAGGAGGAGGUAGGCGAAGAUGGUGCGGGUGUGAGGUCGGAGGUGCCGGAUGAGCUGCGUCAGUUCGUGCCGGCGAUGUUCCAGUGCACGUUGGUGAGACUGCGCGCCGCUGACAUGGAUCAGGAGGUGAAGGAGCGCGCCAUCGCCGCCUGUGGACAGCUGCUAUGUCACUUCGGUGAUUAUCUACAGAAUGAACUUCCCGUGUGCCUACCGAUACUGUUGGAGCGUCUACGUAACGAGAUCACCCGUCUCACAACCGUCAAAGCACUCACCAAAGUAGCCGCAUCCCCGCUACGCAUCGACUUGAGACCUAUUCUGUCGGAUGCUGUACCGAUCUUGGGAUCGUUUUUAAGAAAAAAUCAGAGAGCCUUAAAGCUGUCGACGUUGGUGUUGCUAGAUACACUUGUGCAGAAUUAUAGUAAUGAUAUCAGUAUCGAAUUACUUAGUAAGGUGCUGAUGGAGGUGCCAGCGCUGGUGUGCGAGUCAGACCUCCACUGCGCGCAGACGGCGCUGCAGCUGGUGCGCGGCGCCUGCCUGCGCUGCCCCGCUGCACUCACACCAGACGCAAGACAGGCUCUCACACCCAACAUACUCGCCCUCGCCAAGUCCCCACUUCUGCAAGGUGGUGCGCUAAAGGCGAUGUUGGGCGUGCUGAGCGCGUUGGUGGCGGCGGACGUGGCGGGAUGCUCGCGCCGCGAUCUGCUGGCCAUGCUGGUCGCUCCCGUACACACUAUGCAUGACCAUAACGCUUCCGCCCAUCACAUCAAACAGGCAUUCCAUUCGUUGGCGAAGUGUGUGGGCGCGGUGGUGGUGGAGGGCGGGUCUGACGCGCUGGACGUGGUGCGCGGCUUCCUGCGCGACGUGCAGAACCCACCCUCCGACAACCACCACAUGUUCGCACUGCUCGCGCUCGCGGAGAUCGGACGCAGGCUGGAUCUGAGUUCGAUACCGAAUCUAAAGGAGGUACUGUUGAACUCGUUCACGCCGUCGUCGGAGGAGGUGAAGUCUGCGGCGAGCUACGCGUUAGGCUCGGUGGCUGUGGGCAACCUGCCCGAGUUCCUGCCUUUCAUCCUCGGCGAGAUCGAAGCCCAGCCCAAGCGCCAGUACCUCCUGCUACAUUCACUUAGAGAGAUUAUUUCAUGUGAAUCCUGCAGCCCAGAAGGUAUAGAGGCUUUGAGACCGUUUAUACCAGAGAUUUGGGUGCAACUGUCAAAACACUGCCAAUGCGCGGAGGAAGGAUCUCGUAAUGUCGUUGCCGAAUGCUUAGGCAAGCUGUGCCUAUUGGAGCCGAAGGAUCUGCUGCCGCACUUGAAAGAAUUCCUUAAAUCCCCCGAGCCGCUCACGAGAACCACUGCCGUCACCGCUGUCAAAUUUACUAUAUCAGACCAGCCCCAAGCGAUAGAUCCUCUGCUGCGCGGGUGCAUGUCUGAGCUGCUGGUGCCGCUGCGCGAUGAGGCGCUGUGCGUGCGCCGCGUCGCCCUCGUCGCCUUCAACUCUGCCGCACACAACAAGCCCUCGCUCGUCCGCGACCUGCUGCCCGCACUGCUGCCCACCAUAUACGAGGAGACCAAAGUCAAGAAAGAGUUGAUAAGGGAGGUGGAGAUGGGUCCGUUCAAGCAUUCAGUGGACGACGGUCUGGACCUGCGCAAGGCGGCGUUCGAGUGCAUGUACACGUUGCUGGGCACCUGCCUCGACCGCCUCGACGUGUUCGAGUUCCUGCGGCACGUGGAGGACGGCCUGCGCGACCACUACGACAUCAAGAUGCUCACCUACCUCAUGUGCGCCAGGCUCGCGCAUCUCUGCCCAGCGGUUGUACUGCAGAGACUAGAGAGCCUGGUGGAGCCGCUGCGUGCGACGUGCACGAUGAAGGUGAAGGCGAACUCUGUGAAGCAGGAGUACGAGAAGCAGGACGAGCUGAAGCGCUCCGCACUGCGCGCCGCCGCCGCGCUGCUGCAGAUACCCGAGGCCGAGAAAAACCCGCAUUUAAUGGACUUCGUGACUCAGAUUAAGUCUAUGCCGGAGCUGCAGCCAAUAUUCGAGUCUAUUUUGAAGGACGCGUCAGGCGCCGCUGACACCAACCUCAUGGACCAGAGCUAGCCUACUCGCCCCCCCCCCAACACACACAACACAUCCCCCUCACAUCUCAUCCUCCAAACAUUUUUAUAUAAUAUCGUGUUUAUUGUUUCUUUUUUGUUCGGUGCGUGAAAUGUUAUUUGAAUUAAUCUUAUUGUAAAAAUGUUUAGAAAUAGAUCUCUCUAUAAAACUCA